AUGUUAUCCAAACAAUUUUUAGUCGACUCCCCACCAUCAGUCCGUUCUCGUAUCAUCUCCGCUUCAGUGAACACCGCCUCAUCAGUGUGCAACGAGAACGAUUUCCGGUGUAGUGACGGUAAAUGCAUUCGUGCCGAAUGGAAGUGCGAUGGAUCCGGUGAUUGUUCGGACGGCGAGGACGAGAAGGAUUGUCCACAUCCCGGCUGCAAAUCCGACCAAUGGCAAUGUGACACGUACACGUGGCAUAGUGUCUCGUGUAUCGCCGAGUAUCAAAGAUGUGAUAAUAUCACGGAUUGUGCAGAUGGAUCGGAUGAGAAAGAUUGUCCGGCAUCCACUGUGGACUGCAGUUCCCCCAACGUCUUCAUGUGUGCCGACGGGCGUCAAUGUUUCGACAUGACCAAGAAAUGCGAUGGAAAAUAUGAUUGUCGAGAUUUGAGUGAUGAGAAGGAUUCAUGCUCACGAAACCACACCGCCUGUUUCCAAUACCAAUUUAGAUGUGCCGAUAAAACUCAAUGCAUCCAAAAGUCGUGGGUAUGUGAUGGUUCGAAGGAUUGUGCCGACGGAUCCGAUGAGCCGGACACUUGUGAAUUCAAAAAAUGCACGGCGAACGAGUUCCAAUGCAAGAAUAAACGUUGCCAACCCCGGAAAUUCCGUUGUGAUUAUUACGAUGAUUGUGGCGAUAAUUCGGAUGAGGAGGAGUGUGGCGAGUACCGGUGUCCGCCCGGAAAAUGGAAUUGUCCUGGAACGGGACACUGUAUUGAUCAGCUGAAUUUGUGUGAUGGAGCGAAGGAUUGUGCGGAUGGAGCCGAUGAGCAACAGUGCUCGCAAAACCUGUGUCCAUCCCUCGGAUGCCAAGCCGGAUGUCACCCAUCCCCUCACGGAGGUGAAUGUACGUGUCCAAGUGGAUACAAACUCGACGACCGUUUUCACCGGACAUGUUCCGACAUUAACGAAUGCGCCGAGUUUGGUUACUGUGACCAACUGUGUGCCAACCACCGUCCCGGUUUCACGUGCUCCUGUCUCGGCGACUGUUUCACUCUUCAAAUGGAACACGGACCAGGGAAGGAUAAUCUGACGAUGCGGGGAUAUUGUGUAUCGAAUAAUGCGGAUAAGAUGAGACUGUUCAUCGCACGACGUGAAGGACUGUACCGUCUGAAUCCGAAGAAUCCGGAGGAGGAAGUGAAGAAGUUGGCGAGUGGAGAAUUCAUUUAUGGAAUUGAUUUCGAUUAUGGGGAUCGGAAAAUCUUCUGGACCGAUCGAUUGGCUCAUUCGGCGUUUAGUGCUGAUGUGGAUGAUGAGGGAGAGAUUUCACAGAUUAAAAAACUAAGCCUGAAAUCGCUCGUCUACCCACGCUGCCUAGCAGUCGACUGGAUCACCAACACUCUCUACAUCAUUGAAUCCGGAUCCAGACGUAUCGACGUCUCCUCUUAUGACGGGGAUAGACGGACCGUUUUGUUGGCUGACGGACUCACUCUUCCACUUGACAUCGCUUUGGAUCCGUUGAGAGGAGAAAUGUUCUUCACAAACCAACUGAAAAUCGAGGCGGCCGCUAUGGAUGGUACAAACCGACGUACGCUGGUCAGCACUCACACUCAUCAAGUAUCUGGAAUUGUGGUCGAUAUCACUGCCAAGAGGAUUUAUUGGGUUGAUCCGAAAGUUGAUAGACUCGAGUCGAUUGAUUAUCAGGGAAAUGACCGUCGAAUUGUGGCCCAAGGAAUGAACACCGUCCCCCACCCAUUCGGACUUGCUCUCUUCGACCAACACCUCUACUGGACGGACUGGACUCGUCUCGGCGUCAUCCAAGUCGAGAAAUUCGGCUCCGACACUAAACUUCUCUGGUCAAACACCGAGAAUAACGUCUUCCCAAUGGGAAUCUCCGCCUACCACCCGAUGGCUCAACCAGGACCCGGACAGUCCGAGUGUCUGGCCAUGAAAAUCGAGAAUCCGUGUACCAACGCGGAUUGUGAGGGAUUGUGUAUCCUCUCAAAAGAUCAGGGAGGAUUCGGUGUCGGUUAUAAGUGCGCGUGCCCGAUCGGUCAAAAGCUGGUCAACGGAAAACGGUGCAUCGACUCGAUUGACUAUUUAUUGUUCUCCAGCAAUAAGAUUGUCAGAGGUAUCUUCCCGGAGAUCAAUGAGAAGGCGUUGGCUGAAGCGGUUCUCCCGAUUUCGCCGAUUUCUCAAAGAAGAAUUGGAAUGUACUUUGAAGUGGAGUGUGAUGUGCAUGGAAACUCGUUCUUCUAUGCCGAUAUUAUGGAUAACACUAUUUAUAGAAUCCGUCCUGAUGGAGAAGGAGCCGCACCGGUACUUGUCACCCAUAACGACGGACUCUUCUCGAUGUCAUUCGACUGGAUCAGCAAACAACUCUACUAUGUCGACAACAUCCGUAACAGUCUGGAAGUUGUGAAGAUUGGAGAGACCGGAUUGGUUCAUCCGGAUGAGUUGGUCCGCCGUCAGUUGCUCACCGAACUCCGUGAUCCAGUUUCUGUUGUGAUUCAUCCAUGGAAGGGAUUGUUGUUCUACGCUGAGGCAAUGCGACCAGCUGCUAUUUAUAAAUGCCACAUCGACGGUACCAAUUGCCAAGUGAUCCGUAACACCACCCUGGGCCGGCCAUCCGAAAUGGCCAUUGAUUUCGCCGAAAACCGUCUCUGCUGGGGAGACACCCUUCUGAAAACCAUCUCCUGCAUGGACUUUGACGGAAAGAAUGUGGCUAAACUGGAUAUUGACAAUCCGAUUCCAGUUGCUAUCACAAUUAUGAACGAGCACAUUUAUUAUGUUCAUCAGAGACCGUAUUCCAUCAGAAGAGUGCAUAAGAAGAAUGGAGGUGGCAGCAAGAUUGUUAGGGAGUUCGGAGCUGAUGAGCGCUCAAUCUUCUCCCUCAAAGCCUGUUCCCAUCAAAACCAACCGAUCCCCGACGACUCCCGUGAGCACCCAUGCCGCGCCUCGCAAUGCACCCAACUCUGUUUCGCCACGCCCUCCGAAUCGAAUCCCAACGAGCUUGAAGCGAAAUGCGCCUGUCGUCAAGGCUUCAAAAUCAACAAGGACAAUAAUCACAGUUGUCAGAAGGACCCAUCGGAGCCCAUCGAGCAGUUGUGUACCUCUAACUCCACCCAAUUCCAGUGUAAAAAUGGAAGAUGCAUUCCAAAAGAGUGGAAGUGCGACGGUGAGAAUGAUUGUCUGGAUGAAUCCGAUGAAGUUGACGAGAAAGGAGAAAAAUGUUUCCACGAGACAGAAUGCGCGGAGAACACCAUCAAAUGUCGGAAUACCAAAAAAUGCAUCCCCGCUCAAUACGGUUGCGACGGUGAUAACGAUUGUGGUGACUAUUCCGACGAGGACGUCAAAUACUGUAAGGACGGCCAGAAACCAGUCUGCGCCGCCAAGAAAUUCCAAUGCGACAAUCACAGAUGCAUUCCGGAGCAAUGGAAGUGUGAUAGUGAUAAUGAUUGUGGUGAUGGCUCAGAUGAGAAAAUUGAGCUGUGUGGUAACGCGACAUGCGCCGCCAACCAAUUCUCCUGUGCAAAUGGAAGAUGUAUCCCUAUCUAUUGGUUGUGUGAUGGUGACAAUGAUUGUUAUGAUGGGACCGAUGAGGACAAGGAACGGUGCCCACCGGUGCAGUGCUCGGCUCUCCAAUUCCGAUGUGCCAACGGCCGGCAGUGUGUCCCCCUAAGAAAUCACUGCGAUGGACAGAAUGAUUGUGAAGAUGGAUCCGACGAGGACUCCUGCGCAGUCUCUACAGAAACUUGCACAUCGGAACAGUUCAAGUGUCAAUCAUCUGGUCUGUGCAUUCCGGCGUCGUGGAAGUGUGAUGGUCAGCAGGAUUGUGAUGAUGGGUCCGAUGAGCCAAAGUUCGGAUGUACCAGUGGAAGACAGUGCAAAGCGGAUCAGUUUAAGUGUGGAAAUGGAAGGUGUAUACUGAAUAACUGGCUGUGCGACGGUGAAAACGAUUGUGGUGAUGGCUCCGACGAGUCCGCUGAACGUGGAUGCAAGACGCCGAUGAACGCCAGAAAAUGUCCAUUUGAACAUGUCGCCUGUGAGAACAAUCCAGAAGUCUGUAUCCCACUUCACCAACUGUGCGACGGUAAACGUCAUUGUCCGGGCGGUACGGAUGAAGGAGGACGGUGUGCUAGAGACUUGUGCUCGGCGGAUCGUGCUGGAUGUGCGUUCAAGUGUCACAACAGUCCGAAUGGACCGAUUUGUAGUUGUCCGUCUGGUGAACAGCUCGUCAACAAAACCAAAUGCGAGCCCGAAAACGAGUGUCUCGACGCAAGCAGUUGCUCCCAACGAUGCAAAGACGAGAAGCACGGAUUCACCUGUUCGUGUGACGAGGGAUACGAGCUGGACGCUAACAAACGGACAUGCAAAGUGACGAAUAAUGUCGCGGAUACCAGAAUCUACGUGUCAAACCGAAAUCGUAUCUACUAUAGUGACCAUAAGCUGGAGAACUGGCACACGUUCGGAGCUAUCGUGGAGAAUGCGAUUGCGCUUGCGUGGGAUAGCUUAACAAACCGAAUCUAUUGGUCGGAUAUUCGAGAGAAGAAGAUUCUAAGUGCAGAUCGAAACGGUACAAACGCCACUGUCUUCAUAGCAGACGGACUUGAUAUCACAGAAGGAAUCGCGUUGGAUUGGGUGGGUCGGAAUCUCUAUUGGGUGGAUUCUUCCCUGAACACAAUCGAGGUUGCCAAUCUUGAAGACCCCACGAAGCGCACUCUCCUAGUCCACCAGAAUAUCAGUCAGCCACGUGGAAUCGCUGUGGACCCCCGGAAAGGAUUAAUGUUCUGGACGGAUUGGGGACAGAAUCCAUGCAUCGAACGGGCGUCGAUGGACGGUACGGAUCGUCAGAUUAUUGUGAAGACCAAGAUCUACUGGCCGAACACUAUCGCUCUAGAUUUGACCACUAAUCGUGUGUACUUUGCGGACUCAAAACUUGACUUUAUCGAUUUUGUGAAUUAUGAUGGAACUGGACGGACGCAAGUGUUGUCGUCAUCGAAAUUCGUGCAACACCCGCAUGCUUUGGCUAUUUUUGAGGAUAUGAUGUACUACUCGGAUAGGCGGCUUCAGAAACUUCAGGUCUACCCGAAAUACCCGAACGGGACCACCACUGAGUACCCGAGUCAUACGUUCAGCAAGGCGCUUGGUGUUGUUGCAGUUCAUCCGGCUCUUCAGCCAGAGAUCAAGAAUAAUCCGUGUAUGAAUAACCAGUGCAGUCACAUUUGUUUGUUGAAUAAUAAGAAUUCCUACACCUGCAAAUGCCCAAUGGGACAGAAAUUGGAUGGAUCCGGAAAGACAUGUGUCGAUGACGCCAAACCAUUCCUUGUCAUCAUUCAGAAGACAAAUGUAUUUGGAGUCGAAAUGAAUCAAGCAGCCGCCAACGAGACGCCAGUCCUCGCCGGUAUGGUUCCCCUCUCCGGUCUCGGCAACGCCUUCGACGUCACCUACGAUGCACUCAGUGAGGAAAUCUUCAUUCUGGAGCACACUAACCACGCGAAGACCCUCGCCCAGAUCACCACCGACUCAGCAAUCUACCGUAGUACCGUGAACGGUGGUAACAAGACGAAGAUGUUCUCAUCGGCAGUGCCUGACGACUCCUAUUGUCUCGGCUUCGAUUGGAACGGUCGGAAUCUGGUGGUCGGAAACAAGGUGUCCCAGACCAUCGAAAUAAUUUCCACCCGUGAAAAACAAUAUCGAUCGGUUAUUCUCUCCAACGAUCAAUCCCCGACGGCAGUCGUCACUCCGGUCUCUAUCGCCGUUGACGCCGACAAAGGAUACGUGUUCUGGUUGGAUCGAGGGGGCGGAGCUUCGGAUGCUAAGGUCGCUCGUGCUGGAUUGGAUGGAAGCAACCCGUUGGUGAUUGCAAGUAAUGAUUUGGCUGAGUUGGAUCAUAUCGCUCUGGAUACAACUAAUCAAAGAGUCUACUUCUCGGAAGCCAAAGCUGGAAGAAUCUCCUCGGUCACCUACGAUGGCCAAGACCGUCACUACGUGCUCAGCGACGGCGGUCGCCAACCGAACGGUCUCGCCUUCCACGGCGACCGUCUCUUCUACGCCGACUCCGCCUUCGACUCCAUCGAAGUCGCCACAAUCAACGGCGACUCUCAACCACCACAAUGGACACAUUUCAAGCGCGACGUCGAGAAUCUCGCCAACAUCAAAGUGCUCCAACCAAGAGCCUCGUCAAGCAGCCAUCCGUGUCACAUCAAUAACGGAAACUGCGCUCACAUCUGUAUCCCACAAAUGUUCGCCCAACACACGUGCACCUGUGCCAACGGAUAUGUCAAGGAUGGUCCAACCUCCUGCAAACUUUACGACGAAUCCUUUGUCAUCGUGGCCACCAAGACCAAAGUCAUAGGUUACCCAAUUGACGAAGUCCAAUCGAAGGGAGUCGCUAUGGAGCCAAUCGGUGGAUUAUCGAUUACAGGAGUUGACUAUGAUUUCGAGUCAAAGACUAUCUACGUGGCGGAAGCUUCUGGAAUCAACAAGGGUAUCACUGCCUACACAAUCGGAGAAUCGGCGCCAAGAGCUGUGAUUCGUGACUCAAUUGGAUCCUUGACAAUUAAAAGUAUCGCAAUCGACUGGAUCAAUUACAACAUGUACUUUAUCAAUCAUGACGCCGAAAGGACUAAUAUCGAAGUCUCGAAACUCGACGGUACCUAUCGGAAGAUUCUCCUCACCACUAAAACUGAGACCCCCUCCUCCAUCGCUGUAGACCCAAUCGGUCGCUAUCUGUACUGGGCGGAUCAAGGACAAAAGCCAAGCAUCCAGAGAUCCUUCCUUGACGGGUCUCGACGCGAAGUUAUCGUCUCUACAGGCAUCGGGGAGCCCACAGAUCUUGUAGUGGAUGUAGCGAGUCGUAUGAUCUACUGGUCGGACGCCAAGAUGGAUGGAAUCUUCCGUGUUAGAAGUACAGGUGGAUCACCUGAACUAGUCCGUGCAGAUAUCGCCUCGGCAGCCGGUGUGGCAUUGCAUGGCCAGAAUAUGUACUGGACGGAUAACAGACUGGAGAAAUUGUUCCGCGCAACCUCGAAACCAAACCAGACCUCACUUCUCCUCUCCCCAACCACCGUGGCCGCUUCCAUGAAGGAUAUAGGAGACGUUGCCGUCUUCUCGUCCACCAAUCAACCAAGAUCUUCAAGUCCCUGCCAGAUCACCGACAAUCUCCGAAAGAGUCCAUGCACCCAGUUGUGCUUCGCCACCCCAGGUACCCAGACACCAACUUGCUCGUGUGCUCGAGGAGUGCUUAAGGGAAGAACUUGCGAGGAGCCGGAUACCUAUUUGAUGUUCUCCGAUGGUGAUAAGAUCAUUGACGCCGCUAUCGAGCCGGAUGUGAAGGCGUCGAGACCGCUUAAGGAGCCGUUCCCAGAAAUUACCAAUCUCCAAACCUUUGAUGUUGAUGUCAACUUGAGAAAAGUGUACUUUGUGGUGGAAUCCCCCAUUGGUGUUAACAUCUCUUGGUUCUCAAUGAACAACGCUGAAAAUCCACGUCUCGUGUUCGGCGCCACCAAACAACCACAUGCCAAGGAGAUCCGUCAUAUCUCUGAUAUGAAGUUGGAUUGGCUCACUCAAAAGAUUUAUUUCACAACAGGACGAGGUGGAAAAGUGAUGGCAAUCGAUACUGCCGGAGAGCACCUGUCAACUAUUGCAUCUGGAGAUUGGACAUACGCCCUUGCCAUCGAUCCGUGCUCCGGACUCUUAUUCUGGUCGGAUUCAGGAUAUAAAACUUCCGGUGGACUUUAUGAGCCAAGAAUCGAAAGAUCUAAUCUAGCUGGUGGAAACCGGAAAGUAAUCGUCUCCGAAUCCAUCUCCCUGCCAGCUGCCAUCACAGUAGACUUCCGAAACCAAAUGAUCUACUGGGCAGAUGUCAACCGACUCAAUAUCGAAGUCGCGGAUUACAAUGGAGAAAACCGGAAGAUUAUCGCAUCAGGAUAUCGUGCCAAGUCCCUGGACCUCUGGGAUCGCUGGCUCUACAUGAGUGACCCAUUGAGCAACGGUGUCUUCAGAAUCGAUAAGGAAUCUGGAUCUGGGUUGGAGAGUGUGGUGGCUGAUAGAAGGAUCCCUGGAGCUCUUCGAGUUUUCGCAAGUGAAACCGAUGUCAGGACAAGGAACCAGGUGUGCAACGCCUUGACCGCUCAACUCUGCAAAACGGAUAAUGGAGGAUGUGACCAACUUUGUAGUGUAAUUGCUGAUGAUAUCGGAUUGGCUGCUAGCAAGGUUCAAUGUUCUUGUAAUGACACUUACGAAUUGGUGCAGGAGCCUGGAAAGGAUUACCCAACUCAAUGUGUGCUUCGAGGAAGUAACGCGGAGCCCGCCAAGGAGUGUCUUCCACCGUACAACUUCCAGUGUGGAGAUGGCUCAUGUAUCCUACUCGGUGCCACGUGUGAUUCUAAGCCGGAUUGUCCAGAUGCGUCAGAUGAGAAUCCAAACUACUGUAACACUCGUGCGUGUCCAGAUGGCUACCACCUCUGCACUAACCGUCGUUGCAUUGACUCAGCCAAAAAGUGUAAUCACAUCGAUGACUGUGGCGAUGGAUCUGAUGAACUCGACUGUCCAUCCGCGGUGUCAUGUGCCGAAGGAACGUUCCCGUGUAGCAAUGGUCAUUGUAUAAACCAGACGAAAGUUUGCGAUGGGCAUAAUGAUUGUCAUGAUGAGCAGGUGUCCGAUGAGUCGUUGUCGACAUGCCCUGGAUUGCCGAUUGAUUGUCGAGGAGUGAAGAUUCGGUGUCCGAAUACUAAUAUCUGUAUUCAACCCGCUGAUUUGUGUGAUGGCUAUGAUGACUGUGGAGAUAAGGCCGACGAGAAUCAGUUGUUCUGCAUGAACCAGCAAUGCGCCCAACACUAUGUCCGGUGCCCAUCAGGAAGGUGUAUCCCGGAGACUUGGCAGUGCGACGGUGACAACGAUUGUAGUGACGGGUGGGAUGAGACGCAUACCAACUGCACUGACACAUCUGGAAAGAAGAUUUGUGUCGGCGACUACCUAUUCCAGUGCGACAAUCUCAAAUGUAUCUCUCGCGCGUUUAUCUGUGAUGGAGAGGAUGAUUGUGGAGAUGGCUCCGAUGAGCACACAAGACAUGGAUGUGGUAACCGCACUUGCGCCGAUCAAGAAUUCCAUUGCGCCUCGAAUGCAAAGCUCGCUCAACCGAAAUACGAGUGUAUCCCUAGAGCAUGGCUAUGUGAUGGCGAUGUGACGUGCGCUGGUGGCGAGGAUGAGUCGACGGAUCUCUGCAAGACUGAAAAGAAGGAAUGUAAUAAGGGAGAGUUCCGAUGCAGCAAUCAACACUGUAUCCACGCCUCAUGGGAAUGCGAUGGUGACAAUGACUGUCUGGAUGGGUCCGAUGAGCACGCAAACUGCACCUACUCCUCGUGUCAACCGGACUUCUGGCAGUGCGCCAAUCACAAAUGUGUGCCGAAUUCCUGGCGAUGCGAUGGAAAUGAUGAUUGUGAGGAUGGGUCUGAUGAGAAGGAGUGUCCGAAGAAUUCGGCAGCUGGGCAGAAAUCGUCAAAGUGCUCGAAGAGUCAAUUCCAGUGUACUUCUGGAGAGUGUAUCGAUGAUGCGAAGGUUUGCGAUAGAAAUUUUGAUUGUUCGGAUCGAUCGGAUGAGAGUUCGCUUUGUUUCAUCGACGAGUGUUCACUUGCCGAAAAACCGCUAUGCGAACAAAAAUGCAUUGACCAAAAGAUCGGAUACAAAUGUGACUGCUAUGAAGGAUUUGCGAUUGAUGUAUCGGAUCAGAAGAGUUGUCACAACGUUAAUGAAUGCUUCGAAGGAAUCUCCGGCUGCAGUCAAAAAUGCGACGACAAAAUCGGUUCCUACAAAUGCGCGUGUGUCGAAGGCUACCAACUAUCCAGUGACGACCAUAGCUGCAAACGAGUCGACAUGGAACCCACACCCUUCUUCCUUCUCGCUAAUAAGCAUUACAUCCGAAAGAUUUCAAUGGACGGAAACAAGUACGAGAUGGCGGCUCAAGGAUUCGACAACGUUGUCUCUCUAGACAUCGAUUUGACGGAGAAGAAGGCCUAUCUCAUCGAUCAAGGAAAACUGAGACUGCUGAGAGUGAAUCUCGACGAAAUGGACUCUCCACUAUCCUCCUAUGAGACUGUCCUCCGGCACAAUGUAUAUGGAACCGAGGGUAUUGCAGUUGACUGGGUUGCCAGGAAACUUUAUAUGCUAAACCGUCAAGAGAGAUCCAUCAGAGUCUGUGAACUAGACGGGCGGUUCUGCAAGACCCUCAUCCGUGACAGAAUCCAACAACCGAAGGCUAUCGCUGUCCAUCCAGGAAAGGGAUACCUGUUCUUCACCGAGUGGUCCCUACAGCCAUAUAUUGGAAGAAUGGCGUUAGAUGGCUCUCCAGAGUUGCAAGACCCAAUCUUCAAGCUAGCGGAGCAUGAUCUCGGAUGGCCGAAUGCGAUCGCUAUCGAUUACUUCUCCGAUAGACUAUUCUGGGGAGACGCUCAUCUUAACGAGAUAGGAUUCAUGGAUUUCGAUGGAAACGGACGGCGCCAUAUCCCCGCUCAACGAACGAGUCAUGUGUCCUCUAUGGUGGUCUUCGAUGAUUACUUGUACUGGACGGAUUGGAAUCUUCGAGAAGUGAUUCGCUGUGACAAGUGGACAGGGAAGAACGAGACAGUCCUCAAGAAAACCGUACAGCUCCCGAAUGACUUGAGAAUCGUCCACCCAAUGAAACAACCCGCCUACCCGAAUCCAUGUGGGGAUAACAACGGAGGAUGCUCACAUCUUUGUUUGAUUGGAGCUGGAGGCAAUGGUUAUACCUGUUCCUGCCCAGACCAAUUUAUUCUAUUGACGGAUCAGAAGACUUGUGAGCCAAAUUGUACCGAAAGACAAUUCGCGUGCGGUGGAGACGAUGCAAAAUGCAUUCCAAAGUUAUGGUAUUGCGACGGUGAACCCGAUUGCCGUGACGGAUCAGAUGAGCCUGGUGAAUCCAUCUGUGGCCAAAGAAUCUGCCCGGUUGGAGAGUUCCAAUGCACAAACCACAAUUGCACCAGACCAUUCCAAAUAUGCGAUGGAAACGAUGAUUGUGGAGAUGGAUCCGAUGAACAAAACUGUGAUAAGGCUUGUGAUCCAUGGAUGUUCAAGUGUGCGGCGACUGGAAGAUGUAUUCCAAGACGGUUCACUUGUGAUGGCGACGAUGAUUGUGGAGACCGGUCGGAUGAAGCGGACACACUUUGUAUGUCUGCAGACCGGAACUGUACCGCCGAAGAAUUCAGGUGUAAUAAUAACAAAUGUAUCGCAAAAGCAUGGCGAUGUGAUAACGACGACGAUUGUGGCGACGGAUCCGACGAGACGCCAGAAUGCGCUCAAAUCGAGUGUAAGAAGGGGUGGACUCGAUGCUCCACAUCCUAUCGUUGCAUCCCGAACUGGGCGUUCUGUAAUGGUCAGGAUGAUUGUCGGGAUAAUUCGGAUGAGGAGAAGCAGCGAUGCCCGUCGUGCGAUGAUGUCGGAGAGUUUCGAUGCGCGACAACCGGGAAAUGUAUUCCGCGGCGUUGGAUGUGUGAUACGGAGAACGAUUGUGGUGAUAACUCGGAUGAGUUGGACGCGACGUGCGGUGGAACGUCACGCCCUUGUUCCGAAUCCGAAUUCCGGUGCAACGAUGGAAAAUGUAUCCCUGGCUCCAAGGUGUGCGAUGGCACGAUUCAGUGUAGCGAUGGAUUGGAUGAAUCGCAGUGUACACUCAGAAGAUGUAUGCCUGGACAUCGACAAUGUGAUGAUGGAACGUGUAUUGCCGAGCACAAGUGGUGUGAUAGGAAGAAGGAUUGUGCGAAUGCGGCCGAUGAGAUGCAUUGUGAUGAUGUGUCCCGGCGUACCUGCUCACCAUUCGAAUUCGAGUGCUCCAACUCCGUGUGCAUCCCCCGCAAAUUCAUGUGCGAUGGAGACAACGACUGUGGCGACAACUCGGACGAGACAUCCACAGAAUGCCGAAGUGCUCAAUGCGACCCGCCCCUUCGCUUCCGUUGUGCUCACUCUCGUCUCUGUCUGAAUAUUCUUCAACUGUGUAACGGUGUCAAUGAUUGCGGACAGAAUGACCUGUCGGAUGAGCAUUUGUCAAUGUGCUCGAGCUUCUCAGAGUACGGAGAUUGCACAUCGGAUCAGUUCAAGUGUGCCAAUGGAAGAUGUGUGAAUGGAACACUGGCUUGUGAUAGGAAGGAUGAUUGUGGUGAUGCGUCGGAUGAGAUCGGAUGUUCGAAACACGGCGGCAAAACGUCCUGCGAAUCCUUUGGCAACAACGGUGGCUGCAAACACAUCUGCACCGACAUCACCGACAGCUUCUACUGUCACUGUCGUGACGGAUUCCGUCCAGACCCACAAAGCCCCAAGGACUGUAUCGAUAUCGAUGAGUGUGCUGGAAACAACACUUGCACUCAGUUGUGUCUGAAUACCAAGGGCUCCUACUUAUGCAGAUGCCACGAAGAUUAUGAGAACAAUGUAGUCGUCGGGUCGAUGACUGGAAAGGAUUGUAGAGCAAAGGGCGAUGCGGCGAAUGUAAUGAUUGGUGCGGAUUCUUCAUUGGUUCAACUAUCUCUUCAUGGUGCUGGAACCAACAGACACGCUGCUGCAAAGGCAAAUGACGAGGAUAAUGAUAUAAUUGGAAUUGCAUUUGACCCCAGGAAAGAGAUGAUGUAUUGGAUCGAUGGCUCGGAGAGAACCAUCUACCGCUCAGCGAUAGCCAAUGGAAACCAAAGUCAUGAAGGACAAAAGUUGGAUAUCGACUUUGCAGGAAUGGGUGUAGUCCCUACCGCUAUCGCAAUUGACUAUACCACGGGUAACCUAUUCGUAGCAGCGGUAUCUGAAGAUAUCGAGAUUGGAAUGGCUAGAAAGAAACGAAUGUCAGAGCCGGUUGACAAUCAGAACAGUGGAUUUAUCUUCGUCGCAUUGCCAGAUGGGCGGUACCUCAAGAAAAUUGUAGCAGGGCACCUCCAACAGCCAACCGCGCUUAUCACUGCACCAACUGCCGGACGAAUUUGCUAUUCGGACGCCGGGCUCCACGCGAAGAUUGAGUGUGCUGAUAUGGAUGGAACUCACCGUCAGAUUAUCGUAAAGGAUCUAGUAUUCAGUCCAACAUCAAUGGCAAUCGAUGAGGGAAAGAACAAUCGAGUAUACUGGGUGGAUCCCAAAUAUCGAAGAGUUGAUGCAGUAAACAUUGAUGGUACUGAUAGAACUACGGUAGUUCACGACAAGAACAUACCGUAUGCAGUGGAUGUGUUCGAGAAUCAUAUCUACUGGCUUAGCAGAGAAUCCAAGACUCUUUACGUGCAGGACAAAUUCGGACGAGGCAGAGUGUCGGUGUUAGCCUCCGACCUGGAAGAUGGUCAUACUGUAAGAGUGAGUCAGAAGUAUGCAAAGGACACUCAGAGGAUGGUCUCCGGAUGUGAAAGAGCACAAUGCUCUCACAUCUGUGUAUCCCUUCCGUCAUCCGGAUUCGCUUGUCUGUGUCCAGAAGGAAUCGUCGCGCAGAUGGAUGGAUCUUGUGCGACACAACAUGUGGAGGCCCUAGUCAUGCCGAAACAAUGUAAAUGUACGAAUGGAGGAAAGUGUCGAUUGGAUGGAUCCUGCGAGUGCACAUCGGACUUUGAAGGUGAUCAGUGUGAGAAGGAAUCGAGUGUGAGCAGAAAGAUUAUUGGAACGCUUUCCGAGAAUUUCUUCACUGUCUUACUCUACAUUUUGGCGUUCUUAGCGGCACUUGGAUUGAUCGGAUUUAUUGGACUCAAUGUUUAUAGAAGAAGACAAUUGUUGUUUAAGAAGAAUGAGGCGGCCGAUGGAAGCGUUUCGUUCCAUGGAAAUGUGAUAUCGUUUAGUAAUCCGGUGUUGGAGUCGAAGCAGGACGCCCCCGGAAGCGAGUUCAGCAUGCAACAGAUGACAUCGAUGCACGAGGACUCCACAACAUUCACGAAUCCAGUAUACGAUCUGGAAGACGUUGAUAUGUCAUCGCCACGAUCGAAUAAUUCGGAUGAUCAGCCGACCACGUCGGCAGCUGGAAUGUCAUCUCCAACUGGACCAUCAACAUCUCACUCGUUUGUGCCACCGACUUUUAAUCAAGACGAAAUGGAAGUCAAGACGUCGGAUCAAGUUAUUGUCCCAAAAGCGGAAAUCUCCAAACCGCCGGUGCCGGCUCGACCCAACAAGAAGGAGAAGAAGGAGGACCCACUUCGAGUCGACAAUCCCCUCUACGAUCCGGAUUCUGAAGUUUCCGAUGUCUAA